AAGGCAGAUUCAACCAUCGGCUGCAAAAUCGGCUGUUUUCUUCACCGCACCAAAUUCGGUGUGGAUAAUUGCUAAGGUUAUGCGUUAUGCACCCUAGCACGGACUCGAGACGUCGACCAAAUCACUUAUCUUAGUGCAUAAAUAAGUUCAGCUCUUGUAGACUUUAAACUUCAGAAAGGUUGCAGUCGCAGGCCAUGUUGAUUAAAGCCGACCAGGAAUUGACGCCAGUCAAGUUGAUGAACUCGAUUGCAUUCAGUGCUACAAACGGACGUUUGACAACACCUGACGCGAAAAACUUUUUCUAGUGAUUUUCUUGCGGAGAUAUAAAAUUAAAUAGGAAAAGUGUCAGCACAUAAUAUUCACAGACAGAGACACCAUGGACGUUGCCCAAGCUUCAGCGUUAUUUAAGCGACUUGAGUCGCACGAGCCUCUUGUCGUUGAUGAAGCCAAGCAGACGUUUCAUAUGUUCUUUAAUAAAACUAAAGACAGUUGGCUAGUGAAUGGAAUGUUCGACUACUAUUUAAACACAAAUUCCAACCGUGUAAUAGAUGUGCUAGUUGGCGUCCGAGAGCCUCACGACAUGUAUUUAUUCGAAAGACUUGCUGAUUCAUUGAAAGGGCCAAAUAAACUGCAAGGAGUUACUCUUCUUGGAUAUAUUGUUAGGAAGCAACCAUUUUGGCUGUACAGAAUUGCCCAACACCCCCUACUGAAGGAAUUGCUGAAGUUGCUUAAGAUUGAGACAGAGAUUGUGCUAAUGAUGAGUGCUUUGCUGGUUUUGAUUAUUCUGCUGCCAAUAAUUCCUGGCUACGUCAAACCUGUUCUGCCAGACAUUUUUGAAAUUCUGAGCCGACUAGCUUCCUGGAAGUCAAACCAAGCAAAGUUGUCUGACGAGCACUUGAACCACCUACAAAUUGGCCUCUACUUCCUGUUCCAACGACUCUACGGAAUGUUCCCGUGCAGCACUUUUCAUUUCCUCAAAGUUCACUACUGCAAGAAAGAAAACUUGGGGAUCUUCAAACACACUAUCAAGCCUAUGCUUGAGACAGUUCGAUUCCACACAUUAUUGGUUACAGCAAAUCCCGAAUCGGAAACCAUGCAAGAAAGGUGGAUGAACAAAGGCCACCAUGAUGUUAUCAUGGAGUGCGCCGAAUUUGCACUGGAGCGAUUACACGCACCUUUGAACAGAGAGACAGAUGGAGCAACACAAGUCUUGGCUCGACAGCAUGAACAACCACACAAAAUUUUGGAGGAGCACCUCAUUAGCUCUUUUGCAAGUCCAGUCAGUGCUUUGAGUCAGCAGUCAGAACUAUGGUCUCCAAGUUUGUCUUGUGGAUUUGAGACACCACCAGCUAGCAAAAUUUCCCAACCUCACACUCCUAUUAAUCAUAAUAUGUCGUACAAUAUUGGCUAUGGUCAAGAUGGUUCCUCUCCUCCUGAGGCUGGGGUUGAAGCAACCCCAGAAAACACUCCAGUCAAGGAUAUGAUCCCUUUGCCUAAAAAAAUGACCAGUUCUGGGUCAACGGCUGUUCGGGCCAUCAAUCUGUUAGCAAACAAACCAAAUUUGUCUCACAGCACAAGUCCCAAUCAAUCAAUACCAGUCUCGCCAUUAAGAAAAGAACCAAGCCCCUUUCAUUUUGCAGUGGAAGAGAAAGUGACCAGCACUGUAUUUCAAAAGGUUUUAUCUGAACGACAAAACUCGAGCGAAGGACCUAAGAAGAAUGGCGUUGCUAGUUUGGAGGAUCACCUAGCAUUGUCUAGAACAGCUCCUGUAGUGGUUGAACUGUUGAGCCAUGAACAUAACAACGCAAAAGACUUUAAUGAGUCUGGCGAGUAUGAAGAGUGCCAGUACACUCAGGGUUCACCGUGUACGUCUGAGGGGCUCCAUAUGCCCAACAGUCAGUCUUUGAUUAAUUUUACAAGGAAGGUACGGUCGCAAGCGCGAAUGAGGUACAGCAGUUUGUGCUCCCCGUUCCCAGUUCUUAGCGCUGGCACGAGUCCUAGCGAGGGACCUUUAUUUCCUCUGCCUUCCAAGAUGCGCCGCAUUAGUUCUUGCCCAAAUAUGAAGAGACUUGACGAGAAAGAUGAGCACAAUAACUACGAGAGUGACAAUAAAGUUGUAGCUGUGAAUGGGAAAAUAGGGGGCUUGCUUCCUGUUAAGGAGUGUCUCUCAUUAGGGACCCAGACGUCUCUUGAUCAGUGGCCUAACCAACCCUACGAGCAUUUAAUACCAGUUAUCCACCCAAUCAAUAACCAAGAUGUAAGCUUUAAAAGCCAAGGCAUUUGUCCUUACGAGCUCCUAGAAGAAAGCAUCUCAAUUGCAAUUACUGACCAUUCAAUGUUGCAACAGAAGUAUGAAAACAGAAAGGAAUUGACAGAAUCUGAGAUGAGUGAGGUUAAGUCACUUCGCUUGCAAUUAAAGUUGACGUUCCUGCAACUACAGUUUGAGAGAUACAGGAGAGAAGUACAUGCUGAGAGGAAUAGAAGGUUGGCUGGAAAAUCGCGGUCAAGCAGAGCUCUAGAAGAGCACAAUGUUGCCCUGAAAGAGCAAAUUAAUUUGCUUCAAAAAGACAUUGAUAGACUUCAGACGGAGCUUGACGCAAAACGCAAAAAAAUAGAACAAAUGAACGAGGAGCAUGCUGAUAAUACCAACUUCUGGCAAACCAAAUUUUCUUCAUUAGACAAAGAAAACCAGGCGCUCCAGCUUGCCAGCAAAAGUCUUCAGCAUCAGCUGACUCAGCAGAACAUGCACAUUGACGAGAUCAAAAAGAGUGUCGAAAAAGCUCAUGCAACUAUAUUCGACUUGAACAGUGAACUGAAAAAUCUACAAGAAAGUGCCAGUACCAGUGAGAGAUUAUUAAGCCAGCUUAGCCAGUUGCAGAGACAGACGGUGCUGAUGGGAGAGACCUUCAUGCGCCACAAAAAGCAGCUGGAAAAAUUUCCAAUUAUCGUUCAAAGAGAGGAAGAGGCUGUCAGACUGGAUGAAUCAUGCAAGAAGGAAAUCUCUAGUGCUAAAUUAAUGCUGGAAGCACGGAGUUCCAACCUAGAAGCGCUGAAAGCCAGAGUUUUGGAUUUGGAAACAGCAAAUGGCCGAAAAGAAAAUCAUAUAUCCGAGCAAAAGAGACUUCUGAAAGCCACUAAAGAGGAAGCUGCUUCAAACCAAGAGGCUGUUGAAAAUAAGUAUCACUUGCUGCGAAGCUUAAACCAAAAAUUUGAAGAGGAAAUCCUAGCACUGGCAGAAAAGGUGGAGAAUUAUGAAAUUCAGUUGGAGGAGUCGAGAGCCAAGCUCUUAAAAGAGAAGUCUGGAAAGUCAAGUGCCCCAAGUCCUCUAGUUGAAACCCGUACCAUAAGUUCGUCUUUGGCCUCCUCUUCAGUUACCACGACAACCGUUGACAUCUUAGACUUGCAUUCACUGGUGGACUCAAGACCUGGCCACCCCACUCCCUCCCCAGCAUCUCCUCUUCUGCGCGCAACAAGACAAGAUCUGGCAGCAACCAAUUCUACAGCCAGCCAAAGGAACUAAUAUUGCAGCUACUUUAGUGAAUGAUAUUCCUGUAAAAAAAUCACACACCAUAUUAUAUAUUGUGCACUUUUAAGUUGUCACUGUCAUUUCCGUUUUUACAAAAAUGAUCUUGCGACUGCAUAUGAAUAGUUUCUUUUACAGAACAGAGCAGCCUUGCUUUUAAAAUUUGGAGUGAUUUCUGUAGAUUUAGACACAACAAAAAAAAGCGAAUUAAAAAUUAUAGAAAAAAGUGAAAAUAAUGAUGAAAAAGUUUCAAAAUGCGCAAAAUAAAUAAUAAAAUGAAAGAUAUAAUGAACAACC